CUGGCCCAUCUUCGAUAUUUUAUUUUCCAACACACCCUUUUGUCUUUCACUCAAUUCCAUCAAAUUCUACGAAGCCCCAAAAUCUAGGGUUUCCGUCAUCCUCAAAUCCCUGCACCUCCACUCCUGGAGUAAUUGGAAAUGGCAGGGGGUAAAUUAAUAUUAAUCUGCCAGUCUGGUGGUGAAUUCUUGGCAAAAGAUGAUGGAUCUUUGUCAUAUAAGGGAGGAGAGGCUCAUGCCAUAAACAUCAAUCAUGACACCGUUUUUGAUGAUCUUAAGUUGAAACUUGCUGAAAUGGUGAACUUGGAGUAUAAAUCUCUGUCCCUCAAAUAUUUUAUUCCAGGAAACCGGAGAACCCUCAUCACUUUAUCUAAUGACAGAGAUCUCAAAAUAAUGUGUGAAAUCCAUGCGGACUCUGUGACAGCUGAUAUUUUUGUUACGGGGAAGGAAGGUUUUGAUCGGGAAGCUUUAAAUUUGCAUCGUAGCAGAGCAUGUGGGAUAAAACUGGCUGAAACUGUGACUGCUACUUCUGGAUCUCCAGCUGCUGGAGUUGUUGCAACUGCUACAUCUAUUAAUGCUACUAUGCAGGCAGUUUCUGCUUCUGGUGCUGCUGUUGCCCCUGCCGCUGUUCCAACAUUGGCACCUACUGUUUCUGUGAUGGCUAUUAGUCCAACCAUACAAAGCCCUUCCAGGAUGGUCUUUGCCUCGGAACUUUCUCCUGCCAAUACUGCUACUGAUGAUAAUGGUGCCGCUGCUUGUCUUACUCCAACUAAACCUGCCAGUGCACCUAACAACAGCACAAUUGUGAUGGACAUGAGUGCUACACCAGCUGAUACAGUUAAGAAGCGAAGACGGACUGCAUCCUGGAAAGUUGGUCCCAAUGGUCCUACAAUUGUUACUCUGGCUGAUAAUAUGGAGGACACGAGAAAAAAUUCAUUGCAUGAGAAAAACAAUAAGAAUUCCAAUGCUGCCACAACAGCUGCUGACAUGGAGCAGCUACCAAAUGCUUUACCCUGGAUAGAUAACCCUAAUUAUUCCCAUAACAUCUCCGAUUCUCAUGAUGCUCCAAUGGAAAAAGUGGUUGCUUCGUGGAAAGAUGGCAUCACUGGUGUAGGUCAGGAUUUCAAAAGUGUGAAAGAAUUUCGUGAUGCGCUGCAGAAAUAUGCGAUUGCACAUCGUUUUGUGUACAGGUUAAAAAAGAAUGACACUAACCGUGCAAGCGGCAGAUGUAUAGAUGAAAAUUGUUCUUGGAGGAUUCAUGCAUCUUGGGUCCCCUCUGCUCAGGUAUUUAGGAUAAAGAAGAUGAAUGAAUCACAUACAUGUGCGGGUGAAUCUUGGAAGGGUGCUCAUCCUUCGAAAAAUUGGCUGGUCAAUAUUAUAAAAGAAAGGUUACAUGAAAAUCCACAUCUCAAGCCGAAGGAAAUUACCACUGGCAUUUCUAAAGAUUUUGGGAUCGAGCUGAAUUAUACACAAGUAUGGCGUGGAAUUGAAGAUGCCCGAAAGCAACUUCAGGGUCCACGCAAGGAGGCAUAUAAUCAGUUGCCUUGGUUUUGUGGAAAGAUUUUGGAGGCAAAUCCUGGUAGUUCGGUGAAGCUCUGCAUAAGUGAUGGUAAAUUCCAGCGACUUUUUCUGUCCUUUCAUGCCUCGAAACAUGGAUUUCAACAUGGUUGUCGGCCACUUUUAUAUCUUGACUCUGUUUCUCUGAAAUCAAAAUAUCAUGAGAUGUUGUUGACUGCUACUGCAUUAGAUGGGAAUGACAACACUUUCCCAGUUGCAUUUGCUAUGGUGGAUAUUGAGAAUGACGAUAAUUGGCAUUGGUUUUUGGAGCAGUUGAGAUCUGCAGUGACUACUACACGAUCCAUAACUUUUGUUUCUGACAAAGAGAAGGGACUCAUGAAAUCUGUGCUUGAAGUAUUUGAUGAUGCUCACCAUGGGUACUCAAUGUACCAUCUCUUGGAAAACUUCAGGAAAAACUUGAGGGGCCCAUUCCAUGGAGAUGGGAAAGGUUCUUUGAUUGGGAAUUUUUUGGCGGCUGCGCAUGCUGUCCGACUUGAUGGCUUUAAAAUUUCUACUAAGCAAAUUGAGCGGGUUUCUCCAAAGGCUUAUGAUUGGGUUAUGCAAAUUGAGCCAGAGUACUGGACAAAUGCAUUAUUUAAGGGGGAGUACUAUAAUCAGGUUUUAGUAGAUGUUACAGAGUCGUAUUUUAACUGGAUAGAGGAAGCGAAGGAUCUACCCAUAUUACGGAAGCUAGAAGUGCUUGGAUGUAAGAUGAUGGAGUUGAUUAAUACUCGUCGAAUGGAUUCAAGUGGAUGGUCUACAAAACUUACUCCAUUGAAGGAAGAAAAAUUACAAGAAGAAGUUUUCAAAGCUCGUGAUUUGAAAGUAUUUGUCUCGUCCAGUACUCUCUUUGAGAUUCAUGAUGAUUCUAUUAAUGUUGUGGAUAUUGGGAAGUGGGAAUGUAGUUGUCUGAGAUGGAAAGUAACUGGCCUACCUUGCUGCCAUGCUAUCGCCGCCUUUAAUUCUACAGGUAAGUGCACAUACGACUAUUGUUCACGAUACUUCACUGUUGAUAGCUUCCGUGUGACAUAUUCAGAGUCCAUAAAUGCUGUUUUAGCCGCUUUUGAUUCUUCAAGUGAAGAAAAGACAGCCUCAGAGGGUGGUCAGGUAUUUCCUCCUUCGACCCCUCGGCCACCAAGCCAUGAAAAUAAGAGACAGAGUAAAACGCCGGGAGCAGCCAAAAGAACAGUUUCUUGCUCCAAGUGCCAGGGAGAAGGGCACAAUAAGGCUACAUGCAAGGAAGUUUUUUAGAAUUUUCUUUUAUGCUUUUAGCACUGUACAGUUCUCAUGAUAAUUCAGGAUUCAUGUUGGAAGUUCUAGAGAAUUUGCGACUAAGCUUAGUAUUUUACUUUUUUUUUUCUUUUUAUCUCGAGGUUUCCCUCCUGUUGAACUCAUGUUUGGUAGUUGGAUUUUCUGACAUGGUUCUUGGUCUUAUAGACGUUAAUUUGUUAUAUGACUAACACAAGAAAGUUGGAGUUGAUAAUA